UGAUAUCGUUAUAAGUUGCAAUUGACAAGUAUUUUGUAAAUCUUGUUACAGUAUUAUGAUAUUAUGAUAACAUCGUAUCGUAUUUUCUAUUUUAAGAAAGACUGAAAUGUCAAUUAAAAUCAAAAUUGCCUGAUAUAUAUAUAUAUACAUAUAUAUAUAAUAGUAUUAAUCAUUUUGGUAUUGUGAUUCAUACAGAUAGUCUGACAGAUCGAAUUUUCAAUAUAAAACUAACCUAAAAAAAAUAAAUUUCGAACAAUCAAGAUUUUUAUAAUUUUUUCAUUUAAAUAUAGAUAAAGUUGUGAUAUUUUAUUCCAAUCAUGGAAUGGUUAUUUGGGAAAAGAAUAACUCCUGAGGAAAUGCUUAGAAAAAAUCAAAGAGCAUUAAACAAAGCUAUGCGAGAUCUUGAUAGAGAAAGAAUGAGAAUGGAACAGCAAGAAAAGAAAAUCAUUGCAGAUAUAAAAAAACUUGCUAAAGAUGGUCAAAUGGAUGCAGUAAAAAUUAUGGCAAAAGAUCUUGUAAGAACUAGACGCUAUGUGAAAAAAUUCAUGCUAAUGAAAGCGAAUAUUCAAGCAGUAUCUUUAAAAAUUCAAACUUUACGUUCGCAAAAUACCAUGGCACAAGCAAUGAAAGGAGUGACAAGAGCAAUGCAAAACAUGAAUAAACAAUUAAAUCUUCCUCAAAUACAAAAAAUAUUGCACGAGUUUGAAAAACAAUCAGAGAUAAUGGAUAUGAAAGAAGAAAUUAUGAAUGAUGCAAUUGAUGAUGCAAUGGAAGAUGAAGGUGAUGAAGAAGAAAGUGAUGCUAUUGUGUCACAAGUUUUGGACGAGUUAGGCCUUCAAUUAACAGAUCAAUUGUCUGGUUUACCACAAGCUUCUGGUUCACUAAGUGUAGCAAAUUCUAAGCAGCCGGUUGCAGCUGCGACAGGAAAUGAUGAAGGUGGAAAUAUUGCAGAUGCGGAUGCAGAUCUUCAUGCUAGGCUUGAAAAUUUACGACGUGAAUAAGAAAGUAUUGCGUAGCUGAAAUGUAUAAAAGAUGUAAAAAAAACAUUGAUAUUGUAAGCAUAAUUAAUUUUAUAAUUUGCUUUAUAUUUUAGUUGAAAGCAAACAUUUUUAUUAUAGCACUUGUUUUUUAAUCACUUAUUCUUUUAAUCAAUUAAGAAUUCAUGAAUGAAUGAUAAACAAAGGCAUCUAUUUAGAUUAUGUAUUAAUCUAUAGUCUUACAUUUUUAUAAAAAAAAAAAAAAAAAAAAAUUAACCCCUCAGGGGCACAAAACUCAUGGCGUAUGAUUACAAUGGUUUUGAUAUUCUUCUUAUGGAUGAAUUUUCAUAACAUAUAGAAUUUGGCGAUAUUUAAAAAAAUAUGGAAUCCGUCACGGAGCGCUUAAAGUAAUAUAGAAAAAUCUUAUUAAAUUUUUUAAUGUUUCUGUGCAUAUUUUUUGCACAGUAUGAUUUUGUAAAAUGAAUAUUUUACAAAUGUGUUUAUCAAAUAUAUUGUUACAAAAUACUUACUUAUUAUAUUUUGAUAAUUACAUGUACAUAGAUUUUCUUGAAAAAGUUAUACUUUGCGUACAUAUACAUAUAUGCUUUUAUUUUUUUAGAAUACAUUGUAUACUAUUGUAAAAGUAAAUAAGAAAUAAGUUAACAAAUUUUAUAUUAAAAAAAAAAAAACUUUGUGCAUAAUUACUUAAAAUAAGUAAAGGAUAAUUUUGUUUAUUCUUUCUAUCUUUCAGUUUCUCAUAGCAUAUUUAUUUUUAACAACUAUAUAAUGGUAAAAAGUAUAUUUUAUGUUCAGAUAUAAUUAUAUUAAUAAAAUUUAUUUAUAAAUUGUAUGAAUUAUAACAACGGAAUCUGUUAUCUAUUGACAAAUUGAUUAAUAGAAAUGCAGCAAAACAAAAUUGUGAAAUGAUAUAAGUAAUAUAUAUGUGAACUUAAUAAUAUAUUAAAUAGUAUAUAUGUGAAUAAUACAUGCAUAUAUUUCAAUUAACAAUAAAAAUUAUUAAUAAAACAAA